AUGGUGAUUUGCGGAGAGAACUAUCAUAGAAUUGGUUCCUUGCUGCCAGUUGAAGGAGAACGACCAAAGUUUGCUCAGCUAUAUAUCUUUGAACCUGAUAGUGAGGUUGACAAUAGAUUAGCAAACUUUUCAACUCGAGAAGAGGUGUUGUUACCUGAGUUACUGGCAUCUUUACUCAGGAUGCUUGAUGAAACAAAUGAAUUGGUGAAGACAUUUAGACGCAUCCGGCAGAAUCUACAAUUGUCUUCAACACCAAAUCUACGCCUUCGAAUAUUUGGAAUCAAAAGUAGGAAUCGACAAUACGAUCUUCCAACUAGCAGUGAUGUUGCAGCCUUGAUACCGGGAGAUUUUGUUCCCGAUAGAGAAGACAGAGAUAUCAUUGUAGAUUAUCAAAAUGGAGGAUUGAAGCGAAUAACAAGUUUGAAUCCAAAAUUUGAGGCGCUGCACUUUCCUUUAUUAUUUCCUUAUGGAGAGGAUGGUUUUCACCCCCAAAUCUCAUAUAACAUUUCCUUUUCGAACACUCCUUCAGACUGGAUUGAAAUACCAGAAAUGUUUCUGGUGAUUCCUGGAAAAAAUCCACUUCAAUCAAUAACAGAAGAAAUAUAUGAAUCAUUUGCAGAUUGCUAUAAAGACACAAAGUACCUAGGAGGAAGAGCGAUUGUGACUCCAACAAAUGCUAUUGUUACUGAAAUCAAUGAUUACAUGUUGCAACAGCUGCAAGGAGAAGGGCAUUGCUACUACAGUUCUGAUUCCAUGCACCUAGAUAAAGAGGUCCCUGAAUCAUUCAGUGAAACUUAUCCCACUGAGUUUCUGAAUACUUUAUCAUUCAAUGGUGUGCCAGAUCACGAGAUAAGACUGAAAGUUAACACUCCAUUAAUGUUGCUCAGAAAUCUAAGCCCCCCAAGUGGUUUAUGCAAUGGAACACGAUUGAUGAUAACGUCGUUAGGUCAGAAUAGCAUCAUAGGAAAUAUCAUGGGAGGAUCCUUUGAUGGAAAACCCGUAGCAAUAUCACGAAUUGUGCUCAACAUUGAGGACAAAAAAUGGUCGUUCAUCCUCAAGAGACGUCAAUUUCCUGUUCGAUUAUGUUAUGGAAUGACGAUAAACAAAAGCCAGGGACAAACCCUAGAUAAAGUUGGAAUUUAUCUCCCAAAUCCAGUAUUCAGUCAUGGCCAAUUGUAUGUGGCCGUAUCCAGAGUCAGAUCUGCAGCUGGGCUGAGGUUUCUGAUAACAAAUGAAGAGGGUGUUCCAGGAAAUCACACAAGAAACAUUGUGUUCUCAGAAGCAUUCACAGAUAUCACAGGAAAUUAA